GCUGCUUGCGGCAAUCCGAGGAACUAAUUGUCCUCUCACAAGGCCGUUUGCUGCCCACUAGUGUGCAAUUUUGUCAAAGAUCGUCUUUAUCCGAGCAGGUUGAAUUUUAAUUUCAAACAUGUUUGCCAUGAACGCAGUUCGGCGGGCAGCUGCUGUUGCCAUUAGGAGCGAUGGCAGCAGGCGAGGAGUGGCAGCUUACACCGACAUCGUAGGCACCCCACCAACCGUCAGGAUCUCUUUUUCCGAGAAAGUUGGCCAUGGCGUCCUCCUCUUCUUUGGAAUCAUGGGAUACCCGAUCUACAGCAUGCUUGAGAUGGCUAAGAUAAGGUCAGAAGAAUAUGCCCAGUUGGAGAUUCCUGAAGAAUGGCAGGCAUGGAAGGAGAGGCAACAGAAGUAAAUGACUAGUUAGCUAAUUGUAGUAUUGUCAUUUCUCUUUAAGUUCUAAUGGCGAAACUUUGUUAAUGUAUGCAUUUUAUCCAAGUUUUCGGGUACUCAACCUUUCCAUUCCUUUGGCAUUUGAAUACAACUUUUUAUUUUGUAUAGUGUGUUAUUUGAUUUUAUGGAAGCCUUGAUUUGAAGGAAAUAAACAUAUUUGCCUAUGAUA